AGACAUCACAACCUUCUUCCCCUCGCUCCGGAGGCUAGCUCCGUCCCUGAGUUGGGGAACUCUCGCGAAACUUUCACCCCUCCGCUAGCCGGCUGGCGGAAGAAAUCCCCCGAGAUCCCCUUUGCAGCCAUGUCAGGUGCGGGCGAGCGCGAGGGCCUGGCGGCGCUGGAGCUGCUGGUGGAGUGGGCGUGGCUGGCUCCUCCCGCCCCCUUACCCCCCCGCCCGGCCGUGGCGCUGCGGCUGCUCGACUUCCCCACGCUGCUGGUGCUCCCACCUGACCGAGGCCUCGAGGCUCCGGGGCGGCGUAUCCCCUUCGGGCGAGGCAAGGCCUGCGUGCUGCCGCAGCUGCCGGGCCCAGCCCCGCUCCACGCGCUGCUGCUGGCCCUGCCCGCCCAGGGGCCGGGCCCCGCUCGCCUGCUGGGCACUGCCCGCAUCCCGCUUGGGCCAGGCCCCGGGGGCGCCCGGGGCUGCUUCGCUCUGCGGGGCCUCCGGGGCGAGCGCAUGGGGGAGCUAGCGCUGGCCUAUCAGCUCCGCAGCCUGGGGCAGGAGCCGGCGGCCCUUAGCCCUGUGCUGGGGUCCCCUCACGGAGCUGCCUCAGCACCCUGUGUUGCGCUGCGGGGCAAGGAAGGAGCUGCGGAGCUGGAUGAGGAGGCUGGUGAUCGCUGUCCCCGGUCACAGGGUGAAGAAGGAGCUGUGGAGCUGGACGAGGAGGCUGGCGUCUUCUGCCCCCCACCGCUGUACUAUAACGCCGAUCCCUGGCACACCGCACCUGUCAGGCCCCUGCCAGCCCUGAAGGAGCGGGAGGAAGAGCUAAGGAGCCCCCUGGUCUCCAGAGCUGUGCCUGAUGCCACCUCAUUGGGGAGCCCCCCAGUGCCAGACAUAACCCCGCAGCUGCCCAGUGCAGCCUGCCAGCUGCGUGAGGCCCUGAGGCAACUGCCACUGGUCAAUGCUCUGCUGGUAGAGCUGUCGCUGCUGGGUGGUGAGCCGGGGCCUGGCACCAUUCACCCCCAGUUGGCCUGGCUUUAUCGAGAAGCAGGAGCGAACAGAGAGCCCAUGCAGCCUUCCCUCAAGAGCAAGUCGCCAGCAGGGGAGGUGAAGAAAAAGGGUCCUCAGCCCAGUGCAAAAAGCAGAUCGUCUAGCCCAAGGUUCAGAAAAAGCUGGCAGAGGUCUUUCCAGUUGGGUGCUCCUUCUUCCUGGCAGCAGAAUUGCAAGAAAGCUGCGCUGGCAAGGCAGGCUGCCUCCGAGAGAGACAGCAGAAGGAAAGAAAACACACCUCCGCAAAGGAAACUUUUUUAUGGGCUGACAAACACACUGAGGCUGCGGUUGCAGCAAACCAAUCCUGAUAUGUUGGUCAUUCAUGAAAGGAGAGAGGAGUAUAGAAAAAAACAAGCAGAGGCACUGAGGGAAAAGAGGGGGAAGGGACCUGGAUCCAAAGGAAAAAUGUUCAGAAACUCAGCAGAACAACAUUUAUCUUACCAGCAUCCUGAAAGGGCAGUGGUUUCAAAAAGAAAUAGGCUUGAUGAAAAUAUUCGGACUUUAAUGCAAAACAACCUUGAAAAAAAUUAUGAAACCACAGGAAAAGGACACCUUUCUGACCUACAGGAGCAUGAUCUUGCUAGCAGUUGGAAAAAUAGUGAUGGAAAUGCAAGAGGUGGUUCAUCUGAAGAAAAUACGGACUCUUCAGUGAAAAGAACCACACUGCAAUCCGGUUACAAAGAAAAAGAUGUACAAAUCCACCUGCCAAGAGCUUUCAUGCAUCAUACUGAUGCAAGAGAAAAUAAAGUAGAUGAAGAAACAACACAUAUUAGCAUAGGCCUGGCCGUGGAGGAGGACUCUGUUGCUUUCGUAUUAGGUGAUGAUCAUAAACCAAACCCAAACAGGAGUUUUGAGAGUAUCUCUGAAUUCAAAUAUUCAGAGGACUUUGUAACCAGUCUUGAGAACACCAUCUAUUCAGAAGAUUUCACCAAUGCUGAUUAUACUGCAAGAGGAUCAGAAGCUUUUGGCAGUAGCCCAGACCCUGUAUUACUAAGCCCAAUGCAAACUCGCUCAGAAGUGGAUUCAGAAUCAGACAAAUCAAAAAUAUCUGGGGAAAGUCUGAGGACGGAGAGCAGGUCAGCUCAUGUCCCAGUUCCCUCAACUGCAUCACCAGUCCACUCUUUUAAGAUACCCUACCGUUUAAAAAACAGAAAGAAAAGCAGAGUUGCAGUUGGGAGUUUAUUGAGCAACCUUUCUAGUCCUGCAGAGUCAUUACAUGAGCAGCAGCCAUCCCUACAGUUCAAGGAAGAAGGCAGCAAGAGUGACCAAACUCUCAGAGAAUCCUUGGCCGUGAAAGAUAAACAAGGUCAUUCUGAUAAGACCUGCAAUGUAGGAAAGGGUCAGACCUCUUCAGAAAAGAGCCAGUCUCUAAAGACAUCUCAAGUUAGUUCUUACCUGCCAUCCAAUGUGUAUGACUUUGAACUUAGUGCAUUGGAAAACAGUACUUCAGACGAAGAAGAGAAUGAUGAUUUGGGAGCAUUAAGUAUUACUAAUCAAUGUAAACACAUCAGUGAGCUAGUAGUAAACAAGCUUCCUGGAUACACAAUGUGAUUACCGUUAGAUGGUCUGCUGGUCAAAAUGAUGUUAAAACAACAUUUCUGUAAACACUGACAAUUUAAAACUCUUGUACAGCACUGGCAUUUUAUAUGAAUUUAAUAAAAUACUGCUUGAGCUCUAUAAGAACAUUGCAAUUAAAUGGUGCAUAUAACAUGUUAAUGUUUUGAAUCCAAUUAAAAAAAAAGCAGCUAAACUAUUAUUUAUU